AUGCGCGUGGCACCUCUCCUGCGACUCGCCAUGACUUUGAUACGAAGUGUUUAUCUGUGUGAGAUCCUUGCCCUGCUGCUCGGGUCACUUUUCAGCGCGUUGUCCGCUGAAGACGCGCCAGAUGUGCGCGGCGUUACAGAUGUGUCCAGGCAGCGCUCCUGGGAUGACGCGCGUCGGGAAGCGCGCAGAAAAGCGCCGCGCUUCAUGGUGGAGCUGUACGAGGAACACAUCAGGAACCCCGGGGCUCUGCAGGGGGGCGUCGUGAGGAGCUUCACAGGGCAAUCCAAUGGCGCGUUUCACUUUUUUAACCUGACAUCCUUCACCCGAGGCGAGAAGAUCACCAAGGCGGAGGUCCGCUGGUUCCGGCGCAGGCGCGCGGUUUUACCGGGACAUCACUUUUACAGAGUCGAUUUGUAUGAAGUGCUGGACAGCAGAGUGAAUCCAUGGCGAGGGAACCUGAUCCUGUCCCGGUUACUGUCUGUGUACACUGAAGGAUGGGAAUUGUUCAACAUCACACAGACGGUCACCAAAUGGAUUCUAAACAUCAGUACAAAUAGAGGCAUCUUGGUUGUUCCCACGUUACCCUCGAGACACUGGCUCGAGACAACAUCAAGAGAAAGGGGCUAUGAGGAAAACGACACCUAUUUGGUUAUCUACUCAGAUGAUGGUCGAAGAAGUUCUGGUGAAAGAGGCUCCUCAUCAGGUUGGAACACUAACUCACCCCUAGAGCUCAUCGAAUACAAAAGCUCCGUCCAGGCUGCGGUUCGAAGGCGCAGGAGUACGCAUAAGAGUGCAGCUGAAAAUCUACAUGCUAUAAAUUGUCAAAGAACACCUCUCUAUGUGGACUUUGUAAAACUCGGUUGGUCCGGAUGGAUAAUAUCACCAAGUGGCUACAACGCAUACCAUUGCACUGGGUCCUGCCCGUUUCCACUCAGUGGAGGCUUACGUGCAACGAAUCAUGCCAUCGUGCAGUCCAUCGUAAACACAUUAAAACUGUCCAGCAGAGUGGGAAGGCCAUGCUGUGUCCCGGACAAUCUUCAGCCGAUAAGUCUGUUGUACUUUGACGAUGAGGAAAAUGUUGUUCUUAAACAAUAUGACGACAUGGUGGCAGGUAGCUGUGGCUGCCACUGAAUGCAUCAAAUGUUUAUUAUCAUUUGCUGGAUUUUGAAUUGAAUCUAUUAUUGUAGGCAAAU